AUGUCCGUAACAACAACAGCAACAAUCGCCUCCUUUGGCGGCAAACUCCUAAAACUCUCCCACGCCGCCACAACAACAAAAUGCGAAAUGAAAUUCAACCUCUUCCUCCCACCCCAGACCCAGCAGGGAAAGAUCCCAGUCCUCAUCUACCUCUCAGGAUUGACCUGCACAGCGGACAAUUGCUCCGAGAAGGGAUUCUUCCAGCAUGCCGCUAGCAAGAAGGGAAUUGCGGUGCUUUAUCCCGAUACCAGUCCGCGAGGCCUAAACAUCGCCGGCGAAGACGACUCGUACGACUUCGGCUCCGGCGCCGGCUUCUACGUCGACGCAACAAAAGCUCCUUACAAUGCAGGCUAUAACAUGUACAGCUAUGUGACCGAGGAACUGCCGAAGACUGUCUUUGAUGCGUUCCCGCAGUUGGAUGCCAGUCGGGUUAGUAUUACCGGGCAUAGUAUGGGUGGCCAUGGAGCUCUUACUUUGUUCCUCCGCAACCCGGGAAAAUACAAAUCCGUCUCGGCCUUUGCGCCAAUCACUAACCCUAUCAACUGUCCCUGGGGCCAGAAGGCGUUUGCUGGGUACUUCGGUGAUGACCAGAAUAAGUGGAAGGAACAUGAUGCUACUGAAUUGAUUAAGAAGUGGAGUGGGGGUGCGUUGGAUAUUCUUAUUGAUGUGGGUACCGGCGACAACUUCUACAAACAAGGCCAACUCCUCCCCGAGAACUUCGAAGCCGCAGCCCGUGAUGCAGGCCUCUCCGUGAAUAUCCGAUACCAGCCUGAUUACGAUCACUCUUACUAUACCAUGGCGACAUUUGCCGAUGAUCAUGUUGAGCAUGCGGCUAAGUAUCUUUUUGCAUAG